AUGCCGCCACAGCCGAUCAUCCACUCGGUCUACGAACCAACCACCGGCACCUGGCAGUACAUCGUCGCCUGCCCCACGACUAAGCACGCCGCCGUCAUCGACCCCGUCCUGGACCUCGACCCAGCCUCCCACACCAUCACCACAACCUCCGCCGACAGCCUCCUAGACCUGCUCGCGCGCGAAGCCUACACCGUGCACUACCUGCUCGAAACGCACGCGCACGCCGACCACCUCUCCGCCUCCUUCUACCUGCAGCAGCGCCUCGUCGCAGCCGGGCACCCGCGCCCGCCCAUCUGCAUCGGCCGCAGCAUCCAGCACGUACAGCAGACCGUCGCGCAGCGGUACGGUAUUCCCCGCGCCGAGCUCGACGCCGCCUUCGACCGGCUCUUCGACGACGGCGACCACUUCGCCAUCGGCGCCGUGCCCGCCGCCGUCCUCGCCCUGCCGGGCCACACCCCCGACCACAUCGGCUACCGCGUCGCCGACAACGUCUUCACCGGCGACUCCCUCUUCAACCCGGACGUCGGCAGCGCGCGCUGCGACUUCCCCGGCGGCGACGCCCGCGCGCUGUAUGCGUCCAUGAAGCGGCUGCUCGCCCUGCCGCCGGCGGUGCGUCUAUACACCGGACACGACUAUCCCCCCGCCGCCGCCGCUGAGGGGGCACGCGCGCGCGACCCUACGCCGUAUGCGACGGUGGCCGAGCAGAACGAGCGCAACAAGCACGCGGCGCGCGGCAGCUGCGAGGAGGAGUUUGUGCGCUGGCGGGCGCAGCGCGAUCAGGCGCUGAAGGAGCCGCGGCUGAUUCACCCCGCGUUGCAGGUCAACGUGCGUGGAGGACGGCUGCCGGCGAGGAUCCAGGGCGGACAGGUGUUGCUGGGCUUUGCGGUGGAUGUCCCCGCGAUCAUGCUGGAGGCUGUAGAUAACGGUACGAGUUAG